CCUGACAUCAUUGUUUCCACUCUACUUAAGGAUUAGGAACCACGCUGAUGCUGUUCGCCAAACUGGCAACCCUACACCGAACACCUGAAGCGUUCUUUGAAGACCAAACCCUUAUAGCCCCGCGAACACGGCGCCAUAUCUCUUUAGAAUGGCGCUUGAAAGAGAUCUCCAAACUGAUCCUCCAUGCCACCCACGCGCGCUCACAGGCAUCACAGAUUGCUUGACGCGGAAUGGAUUUGACGAAGCCAAGUGUACAAGAUAUGUCGAUGCCCUCUACGAAUGUUGCCAGGCAUUCUACAAAAAGAACGGCGACGAGGCAACCACGGUUAGCUGCCCGAAGGCGAGCUUGUUGAGGCUGAAGAUGGAGCAGAGGGAGAAGGCGAAGCAAUAAUACAAAUGGUCAAGAUAUCAAAUGUAUCACACAUCCAAUGCGUCCACCUGAACGCCCUGUGAAGGUGCAGGUAACUUAUGAGGAGAGUGCAUAUUUACUCUAGGCGAUCGUUGAGCGCGCGAGAGGCCGCGUGGACCUGAACAAGAACUGAGGCCUUGUUCCGAGACUCUAAGACGAAUGCCAAAGACAUGAAGAAGAAAAGAGGAAAAGUCCAAAAUUUUCCAAUCGCAAAAGCUUUUUUCUAGUUCGCUGAGUUGGG